AUGUUAAAAAAAGUUAUAUUCACUAUUUUUGCGCUGACACUGGCGACUGACAGCGUGGCCAAGCCGAAGGGUGAGGAGAGGAUGCGUUUCUUAGUUGAUGAAACCAAUCGUGAUCAUGAGCCGUACGCCGACCUGGCGCUCUACAUGGUGGAGCGCUACAUCAGCUCGAAGACUAGCACGCUCAUCAUCAUGGAGAAUUGCGAGCACUGCUUUCUGGGACUGCAGAAUAUGCAUACGCGUUUGUUGCGCUACUUUCUGAAGCGCUUCAAUCCCACCAUGUCGCUGCAGCUGUUCUUUGGACUGCCUGAGGAUAGAUUGUGGGACUACAACAUUUUCAUUGUAGACUCCUUGCACGCCUUUAAAAAUCUAAGUAUUAACAUUCCGGAAACCAGUUAUGAGCAUCAGUUCCACUUCUUCAUAAUUCUAACAUUAAAGACGAAGUCGAGCGAGGUCGCGGCGCACCAUAUGAGAGCAAUAUUCAACGAGUGCUUGCGUUUCAAUGUGGACAAUGUUGUUGUGAUGCUCGAAUUGGACAAAAGGAAGUUUGGUUUCUACACUUACUACCUGUUCGCUGAUGUUUACUGCCAUCAAGACGAAAACAUUGAGAUUGUUCACUUCAACACGUAUUUUAAUGGCAGCUUGGAGCACGACCGCCUUUUUCCGCAGCAUUUGCGUGAUUUCCACGGCUGUCAGUUGUUCAUUUGCUUGGAGUUGGGCUAUCCCUUACUCGGAUUCCAUGGCAAUCGCAGCGAUCCGCACGAUUUGCAGGAUAUCCGCCUAGUGGCCGGAAUCGAAGGUGAUCUAUUAAGGGACCUGGCUAAGGCUCUUAAUUUUCGUGUUAACUUUUCCAUAUCAAAGAACCGAGGUGUAAUCGGCGAAAACAACGACUCGACUGGCUGUUUUGCGGAGUUGGCUGCCGGGAAGGCGGACAUGGCAAUUGGCUGCUUGAGUAGUACGGAUGGCUUACGUCAUGUUUUCAGCUACUCCAUCUCGUACCAUCACAGUCUGUAUGUUUUUAUCGUUCGCAGUGGUUUGCAUUUUGGACCCAUCAAGCAAUUGGUACAUACCUUCUGCCGGAGCGUUUGGCAGGCGAUUGGUAUUUGCUGUGUUAUUGGCAUGAUUUUUAUUCGUUUCGUAAUAAGUUGUACCAGUUCGGGGGUGUGCGAGAAAUUGGUCGGGCAACGCAAACACAGUGAUUCCACCAAUUUGAUUGUUGUGAUGAUGGGGAAUCCUAUUAAAAUUUUACCACGUCAAAAUUGCGCCCGAUUAUUGCUUAUGUCCUGGCUGUUGGCAACGCUGGUGCUGCGCAAUGCCUAUCAAGCCAAAAUGUUCGAUAGUUUGCGUAUAUCCAGACGUAUACCGAUACCGCGUACCAUUGCUGGGUUGGAAGAAAAAAAUUACAUAUUCGUCAGCGAUAAGUAUGCAGAGUUCUAUCCGCGAAAUAUGACGCGAAUUAUGUCUAACAUUACGCAACGGUAUCGCAUGGUGCAGCAGAGUGACACAGAACGGCUGAUCACUUCUUCCAUGCUGGACACAUUGGCCUGGCAUAAUCGACAAAAUUGGAACACCAGCUCCUUGACAUAUGUCGAUGAACCGAUCUAUAACGUACAGAUAUCUAUGUAUUUCAAGAAGCACUCUAUAUUACGUUCGAUCUUCGAUGACCGCAUUAAGAAAUUGGCUUCGGCUGGCAUCACGUCACACCUUGGAGCGAAGCAUGUGAAAAAACAGUUCCAGGUAAUGAACGCGAAUUCACAACGCCUGCCAGCCAUUAGCAGCAACAUGUUGCGUGGCCUAUAUAUCUUGUAUGCAAUGCUUAUGACAAUAGCUUUCACUCAAUUUGCCCUGGAGCUACUGACCAAAAGGGCACCCAGUGUUAGACGAGCAAUGGACUGGAUACACUAUGUGGGUCGGGACUAG